AGAAUUGCCGGACGCAGGUGACAAGACAAUCGUUUCCAUCAUAUCCUGGCCCCUUUUCAUCCGUCCCAGAGACAGCGCCUCCUCGCUUGUUCAGGAAGAUUCUAGCGGAAGCAGGCGGUAUUCCUUUCCUUAAGCAUGCAAUUGGGUUUCCCAAACAGGCGUGUGUAUUGGACGCCUCGGGCGGAGCGCGGGCUGGCGCCGAGGACCGGCCUUGCGAGCGGCGCGCGCUAUAAAGGGGGCGCUUGCUGCAACCCGCUCCCGCUUUGGAGAGAGAAAUGCUGGGGAGCAGCGUCCAGCUUAGGACCACCCACCAUGCCCAUCCAGGUGCUGAAGGGCCUGACCAUCACUCAGUAAGAACAGAGGAGGCUGCCUGUUACUCGUGGCGAUGCAUCCCUCCAGACGCUCUGCUGUUUCCUGCCUAGGUGUGGCUGCAGCCAUGGCUAGGAAAGUGCUGGCACCCACCCACCUGGGCCGGAGCUGGUUCUGCUCCUGCUACAGGGACACUGAGCUCCUGGCUAUCUCGGCGCUUCGGGCAAGAACCGCAACAGGCUCUCCUGGGUCCUGCAGGUGUACAGCCAGGCCCCUGCCUCGUGCCUCAGCUCUCGAGAGCUGCUGCUGUGGGGUGACCUGAUCCAACCUGACAAGGUGUCAUCUUCAGCUACCACUGCAAGGCCCUGAGGGCAACAGCAGCACGGCACUGCCCACCCGGCUGCUGAUGGCCUGGUGCCAGCUGGGAGUCCUCCCGGCACUUCGAGGCCACUGAGCUGCCCUUCCAGCCCCGGCCCACCAUGGACAGGGUAUCCAGCUUCCUCCUCAACCUUGUCCUCUGCCCCUGAGCCAGUGACGCCCAAGGACAUGCCUGUUACCCAGGUCCUGUACCAGCGCCAGCUGGUCAAGGGCAUGACAGUGCUGGAGGCUGUCCUGGAGAUCCAGGCCAUCACUGACAGCAGGCUGCUCUCCAUGGUGCCAGGGCCCGCCAGGCCACCAGGCUCAUGCCGGGACCCAACCCAGUGCACAAGGACUUGGCUGCUGAGCCACACAGCCAGGAGAAGGUGGAUAAGUGGGCUACCAAGGGCUUCCUGCAGGCUAGGGGAGGAGCCACCCCCGCUUCCCUAUUGUGACCAGGCCUGUGGGGAAGAGCUGUCCAUAUGCCACCGUGAGACCUGGGCCUGGCUCUCAAGGACAGACGCCACCUGGCCUGGUGCUCCAGGGGUGAAGCAGGCCAGAAUCCUGGGGGAGCUGCUCCUGGUUUGAGCUGCAGUCAGGAAGCGCGGGACAUGGUAGGGGAGGCAAAAAGCCUUGGGCACUACCCUCCCCAUGGAGCCGUUCGGCGUUCCUCGAGCUAGCCACACCCUGACACCAUGUUCAAGGACCCCGGAAGAGAAGAGUAUCUGCCCCCAACCUCCCCUGUGGGUGUCACUGGCCAGACAUCAUGAGGGGAGCAGGCCUCGUGAGUGGACACUUACCAUGAGUCCGUGGGGGGUGUGAUCCCCCAGGCAUCAUGUGCCAUGUUACAUUUCUGCCCAGACAGCAGGGUAGGUGGGUACCAUGUGUGCCCACCCCUCCACCACAUGGGGCCCCAAAGCACUGCAGGCCAAGCAGGGUGACCCCACGCCCUUGACAUAAAAGCAUGUUGAAGCGUUUACUCUGUUUUU